AUGGCAAAUGAUGAGAUGAAGGGAGUUCUUUUUAUUUUGAAACAGUCGCUUAUGGAUAAAUGCAAGUCAUCGCCUGAAUGCAGAAAAGUAUUGAGGAAAAUCAUCUCGAUUGUGGAAGAGGAUCCGAGUCUUUUGAAUGCUCUUGGAGAAUGGCGAUUUAUGGAGAGGGAGUUUGUCUAUCUGAUGGGUGAUCUGGAAUGCAGGAAUGAGUUGUUUGAGAUCGUGAAGCAGAUGCUGAGUGUUCCUUCUGUCCUGCUUCCUUGCUCAUUCGUGACAAUUAAAGGAGGGUAUUUUAUGUCUGAGCUGCUGAACAACUUGUUGAAUGAGCCCGAAGGCAUUAUUGAGAUCUGUGAGCAGGCGAUUGGAAAAAAUAUAAUGUUUGCUCAGAUGCUUUAUGACUCAGGAUUUUUUAUCCUGUUGAAUUCAAUAGUGAGUGAAGAAACGGCAAGGCUGUAUUCGGUAUUAUUUGCGUAUCGGAUUAGCAGAGCACAUGGUGUUUGCCAUGGUAAAAGAAGAGAAGAUGUGAUGUAUGAGCUAAGACGAAGGCACUUUGAUCCUGAGAUUGUUUUUCAGGAAGACAAUGUAGUGGUGCUGAAGGAACCGCCAUGUAUGCAUAAGAAAGGCCUUAAGCUGCACCGGGAUGUGUUUGAUAGCCUGUACAACACAUCUUUUUUUGACUUAAUUUCUCUAGGGAUUGAAAUGAACUUGCAUCUGCUGAACUUCUGUGAUUGGGAUUAUUCAGCAAUAUAUGAUUCUAAAGAGCUUAGGGAGUUAGUCAUGGCAGGGAAUUACCUUGGGAUUAGAUUGUAUAGGAGGAUCCUACAACAUCUUAAUAGAUUGAGCUCUGCAGUACUGCAUCUGGAUAAGAUUGAGGAUGCAGAUCUAAUGAUUGAGAUAUGCAAACUACUGGAAACCAAAGACAAGUGUUUGGUGAUGGAGUGUGCGCUGAUUAUUUACAACUAUUACGAGCUUUUUGAAUGGAAGAUUGACAAAAGAUAUUUUGGAGAAGUCAGAAUCCGUAAGAUAUUUGGUCUUCUGGAGUUUUGUAGAAGCAAUUGCAGAUGCUUAGAUCAAUGUAAAUUAGAUAGUGCAAAUGAAAAGUAUGUAAAUGGUUUGAAUGAACAUGGAAUAAUGUGUAAACCUGAACUUAAUCAAGAUAUGAGGAUGAUGAAUGGAAAUAGCUUCAAUAAAUAUGGAAUGACGAAUGAAAACGAGAUCAAUCAAGAUAGGAUGAUGAGUGAAAAUAACUUGAAUGAAGAUGCGAGCGAAUCUUGCUUUAUAGACUGCGAAGCUAGGAUGAUUAUAUGUCUUCUUUCAAGGCUGUAUAUUGAUGUUGACAAACGAUAUUUCUAUAAGCCAUCGUAUCUUGCUUUAAUGCGUGAAUGGAAACGUAUAUUUUGCAGACACAAAUGCUUGAAUAUGCGAUUUCUGGACAUUUAUUUUUAUGAUAUGAUUGAGUUUAUUGGAAGGAAUUGCUAUAAUGUUGCACGAAUUCUUUUUCCAUUUAAAAAGGCACGUAAAAGAAAAGAAGCAGCUGCUGAUAAGCAUCUGAAGGAAAAUGAGUAUUUUCAGCAGAUUAUUGAGCGCGAGGAUGAGAAUGAUUUUGAUUUAUGCUGA